ACAACACAUCACAGCAUUAGAAAGACGACGAUAUGCCGGGACGAUCUUCUGGGCGCAGCGCGCGCUCCAGCACUGCCACCCUCCCGCGAAAAUCCAGCACCGCAACGCUCAAAUCUGGACGCGGCUCAGCAUCCGCACGCACAUCCGCGUAUGCCGUCGAAGUUCCCGACGAAGGACCCGUGACCUCUCUACGGACUCAGAUAUGUCUGAUCUUUGCUGAUGCGCAGAAGAGCACUGCGAUGCACCGCAAGCUCGUUAUCAAUCUGAGGAAGAUCCAGGAAGCCUGUUGCUAUGAGCCCGCCGAUCCUAAGAAGAAGAGUGGGAAGGGACGGGCGGAAGAGGAGGACUUUGGAGAAGCCGAGUUCAAUGAAGAGGUUAGAAGGUGCAUCUUGAGGGUCAUGAUGAUCAAGAAGAGUGAGCCUGUUGGGGAUCGGAUCAUGAGGUUUUUGGGACUGUUUUUGAAGCAUGCGACUGAAAAGGACAACUUGAUCUACCAGCCAGAAGGCGAAGAGAUGACUGCAUUCCCUGAAACGCCUAGCAGCCGUCUCACUUCACACAUCCUGUCCACGGUUCUAGCCUUCCUCACCGUGAAAGACAAGACUGUCCGUUUCCGCGCUUCUCAGACAGUCGCACAUAUUGUUAACAACCUUGAUCAAAUUGACGACGAGCUGUUCAAUCUCAUUCGACUUGGGCUUUUGAAACGCUUGCGGGACAAGGAGCCUGCCGUACGCGUUCAAGCCGUGCUUGGGCUGGGCCGGCUGGCCGAGAAUGACGACGAGGACAAUGACGACGAGGACAGCGACGACGAUGCUGCGGGCGGCAUUUUGGUAAAGCUCCUGGAUAUUAUGCAGAAUGACCCGAGCGCCGAUGUUCGGCGAGCGGUGCUCAUGAACCUGCCUUUCAGACCCAUGACCUUGAAAUGGCUUCUUGAACGGGCUCGCGAUAUGGACCCAGCUACCCGGCGUGCACUAUAUGGAAAGCUUCUGCCUGCUUUGGGGGACUUCCGCCACAUGUCGCUCAUUGAACGUGAGAAACUCCUGCGAUGGGGUCUUCGGGACCGCGACGAGAUUGUUCGGAAAGCCACCGCCCGCCUCUUUCGUGAGCGGUGGAUCGAAGACUGUGCUUCGACUGCCAAUCCUGUGAAUGAGGAAGAGAAGAAGCCCGGCGAUGUGGCACCUCCCAACAUGGACGCACUUCUAGAACUCUUGGAACGUAUCGAUGUAACACACUCUGGUGUAGAAGAAGGUAUGGCGCAUGAUGCUAUGCGUGAGUUCUGGGAUGGUCGGCCUGAUUAUCGUGACUUCGUCACCUUUGAUGACGACUACUGGAACGACCUCCAUCCGGAGCAUGCCUUUGUGGUGCGCAGCCUCAAUGAUUACUGCCGUAAUGCCGACGAUGACAGACUCCAAGACACCAUCGAAAGCAAGAUGCCCACGCUCAAGGAAUUCGCCUUCUUUAUCAACAAGUAUCUCAACGAUCUCGUUGAAGUCGUCCGCAAGUCGGCCAGUGCGGAAGAAGAAGACCCUACCCUCCUUGAGGAUGAAGAAGCACUGAUAUUCACUGUGGAACAACUGUUACACAUUGCUUUGACACUCGACUACACCGACGAGGUGGGACGACGACAGAUCUUCCGCAUUAUGCGAGAAGCGCUCGCUCUCCCAGAGCUUCCUGAGGAAUGCACUCGGCUUGCUGUCGAGGUUCUCCGGACUGUCUGUGGGAGUCGGGAAGCCGGUGAACGCGAGUUCUGCAGUAUUGUCUUGGAGGCCAUUGCUGAGGUCCGAGAUACGCUUGUCGACGACGAUGCCGCAGAGCAGAAUGCAAACGAAAGCUUCCAUUCCGCACAGUCCGAAAUUAGCGAUGAAUCUGCCACCAUUGCCAAGAAGAAAGCACCCGGCGAGGAAGAGGAUGCAGAGGCUUUGGAAGAGAGGCAGUACAAGGAGCUCCUUGUGUACAUCAAAUGCCUGCACAUCGCCCAAUGCAUGUUGCAAAAUGUCCAUUCUGAUUUGGAAAAGAACGACGCGUUGGUCACCAUGUUGAAUACCCUAGUUGUGCCAGCUUGUAGGAGCCAUGAUGCAGUAGUUCGAGAGAGGGGAUUGUGCUGUUUGGGGCUUUGCGGCUUGCUCAGCAAAAAUUUGGCAACCUCGAACUUCCAGCUCUUCCUCCACUGCUUCACCCAAGGCCACGAAGCCCUACAAAUAAUUGCCAUCCAAGUCCUUACUGACAUUGUCAUCACGCAUCCUUCUCUCCUCUCUCCACCACCCGCCGACCCUAAUACCUCCACUGACUCUUCGGCUGCCCCCGCUGUCAACCCUCUCCUCAAGCCGCUCACCAAGGCGUUCCUAAAAGCCUUCUCCUCUUCAAAAGAACUCAGCCUCAUGGCCUGCACCGCCGCCUCCAAACUCCUCCUCCUAGGCGUCCUCCCCCAACACUCGGCAACCGAUAUCCUAAAAACCUUCACACUCGCCUACUUUAACCCGGAAACAGUAUCAAACCCUGCCCUCCGCCAAGCACUAUCUUACUUCCUCCCCGUCUUCUGCCACAGCAGUCUCAAAAACGCACUCCUCAUGUCCCAAAUAUGCGUCCCAAUUAUUUCCAAACUGCUCAUCAUGCGCGAAGAACUCGACGACGAAGACGAGGAAAUGGUCGGCUGGACUGUUGUUGCAGCGCACUUGGCCGAAUGGACCGAUGGCCGCAAAGUCUUCGGCGCUACCGAACUUUCCACAGAUGGAAGCGGCAAGAUGGAGAUAGCUCCUAGCGCAGAGGAACCGCAUAUAGUCCUCGCAACCGAGAUCCUAGAGCGUGCGCUCGGGAACGCGUGCUCUAAAGACGAGCGAAAGCCGCUGCUGCAGGUGAUCGGGAAACUGCAUAUUUCGGCUGCUGCACCGAAUUCGAUGAAGGAGGAGGUGUUUGUUAAUGAGGAGAGUCUUCGGACUUUGCAUGCGCUGGCCUCGGAGGCAGUGGAGAGUAGAUUGGGCGGAGAUGCGACGGCGCGGAAUACGCUAGCGAAACUAGAAAUCACCUUGACGAAACGGAUUGGCGAGGUCGAGCACGUCGUUCAAGGCCAGGACCCUGAUGGUCAGAGCCAGACAGAAGCCGAUGUCUCCGCCUCCGCCACCCCUGACGCUGAUAUUGAUAACAUGGAGGUUCCUGAUGAAGGCGAGACCGUGAUCACUGUGGCCCCAGCCAUAGGGGAGGAAGAGGAGGAAGACACGCUAUUGGCAGGCAUGCACGCUGAAGGCACACGUAUCCCUCUGGAAGCUGAGGACGAGGACGAGAGCACUGAGACUGAGAGUACAACUCAGGUGACCGUUCCUGCUGCUCGUAGUGGGCGGAGGAAUGUACGGGAGACACUUACGGAGAGUGAUAUUAUUGACAGCUUAUUGGAGAGCGAAAUCUAGGCUAUGACACGAGAGGGUAGCCUGCAUGAUACAUAAACCCCGGGCCUGGGGAAGGAACGGAUAGGAAAGGG